AUGGCACCCUCAGAGAAUCAACAGCAAUACCCAAAUCCCGCGCCUCCGUCUCCUUCCGCUGGCGGCCAUGAGACGCGCGACUACUACGCCGCGCAGGAUGCAUCACGACCCCCCUCACAAAAUGAACCAUACCUGACACCUUACCUCGGUCUUCGAGCUAGACUCUCGCAGACCUGGAUCAAUCGCUGGACCAUCCUUCUUUUGCUCGUACUCGUUCGGACCCUCUUCGCGAUUGCAAGCGUGGACGACAACCUCGGAACGGCGAGAAAGCAGGCCUUGAGUGCCUGCACUUCCGUGGAGAAUGUGGGCUCUGCAAUGGCGUCGAUGCCACACUACAUGAGCCAAGGAAUCAACGAACUCACCGCCAAGAGCAUUGAGAAGGCCAUCAACGGCCUUAUGGAAAUGCUCAUCCUCACCGUUACUGGCGUUGAGGAGAUCGUGCUCUUCAUCAUCAACCUGCUGACUUCGACCUACCUCUGCCUCUUCACCUUCGCGAUCGGCGGCAGCCUACACGUCGCCGUGUCUGUCGCCGAAGACGUCGGGGACUUUCUCAACUCCACCGUCAAAGACGUCGGCAAGGACCUCAGCUCUGUCGCAACCGACUUUCAAAAGGCCAUGAAUGGCUUCAUCGCCGACAUCGACAAGAUUGGAGACUUUCUCACUGGUAAAGACACGAAGCCGCCGACAAUCGAUCUGACAAGCGAGAUCAGCAGCCUCAAUGGCCUCAAGCUCCCUAGCGACUACGAUCAGGGUCUCGAAAAGCUUAAUUCUUCGAUUCCGACCUUUGACCAGGUUCAGAAUCUCACGAAUUUUGCCAUCAAGUUUCCAUUCGAGGAGGUCAAGAAGCUGCUGAACGAGAGCUUACCAAAGUACACCAUGAACGGCUCGGUAUUUCCAGUUCCUGCCAAGGAGCAGCUCACAUUCUGCUCCGACGACGACGGAGUCAAUGACUUCUUCGACGCCCUCAUACACAUUGAGCAGCUGGCGAAGAAGAUCUUUUUCGGCGUCACAAUUACCUUGGCAGUGCUGGCCAUGAUCCCCAUGGGCUAUCGCGAGAUUCGCCGUUGGCGAACAAUGCAAGAGAGAGCACAGACUAUCAGGAGCAAAGCGCAUGAUCCACUAGACGCAGUGUACAUCGUCUCUCGACCGUAUACUGCUGGCUUUGGACUAUGGGUGGCAAGCAAACUCUCUUCGCUUCGUCGCCGCGCUCUAGUCCGUUGGAGUAUUGCAUACGCGACGACUGUUCCCGCUCUCUUCGUGCUUUCACUCGCGAUCGCUGGCCUCCUCGGCGCACUUUGUCAAUACAUCCUGCUCAAGGCGCUGGAAAAGGAAGUGCCUGCCUUGGAGAACCAGAUCAUUGGCUUUACCGACAAAGUCAUCAACUCGUUGAACAACGCUAGCGAACAGUGGGCUGUUGGCACGAAUCACAUCAUCAAUGAGACAAACACCAAGAUCAAUGAUGAUGUCUUCGGAUGGGUCAACACCACUACCGGGGCGAUCAAUAACACACUCAACGUGUUUGUAGACGAGAUGAUGAAAGCCGUCAAUACGACAUUUGGUGGCACCGUCCUUUACGACCCUGUGACGGAAGUACUCCAUUGCUUGGUGCUUUUGAAGAUCAAAGGCAUCGAGAACGGGCUUACCUGGGUGAGCGAUCACGCUCACAUCGAUAUCCCCAUGCUUCCGAACGAUACAUUCUCACUGGGCACUGUUCAGAAAGUCUCCGGCUCUUCCACCGACAUUCUGGCCACCGGACCCAAUGGCACGGCUACCGAUGCAAUCACUGACGCCGUGGACCAUGUCUUCCGAGCUCUUGCUGCGGGAAUCCGCCAAGAGGCCAUCCUAUCGACAUGCGUUUUAUUGAUUUGGGUCAUCAUUGCCCUCAUCGGUUUUGGCAGAGCAUUCUCCAUGCUAUACAGAAGUGGCGAUGCUGGCGUAUAUUCAGGACCAAGCGUUCCCAGUCGCCGGUCUCCCCCGGUUGAGAAGUAUGAGCUCCAUCAAGUUCCUACCUACGAGCAAGCGACCGGGAUCGCGCAACCUGGCAUUCAUGCCGGAAACAAGUACAAUGGUCACUCCUACACUCUUACGCCAGCCCCAAUCCCAACUUUCGAAGUCAACAGCGCUACUUCGCCCGUCAUGCACACAGGCUUUAGCCCACGGGUGAAUGAGAAGAUGGGCACUGUCAAUGGCCAGAACGUUGAUUCCGCUAUCCGCCGUCCAACACACCUCCGAGCUUCAAGCCAUGGUGACUACGCAAUCACGUCACCAACGUCGCCACCUACACAACCGAACCCAUUCCUGACUGCGAAUGAAAUCAAGGAUCCGCGACAUGAUCCGUUCGCUGAUCCAAGACGUUGA